AUUGUAAAUAUAUAUUUGAUCGGUAAUUAAUAUGGUUAGAUUAAAAUUUAAAUAUAAUUAGAUGAAAACAUAGGCAUUUUAGUCAUUUUCAUAUCAAAAACAUUUAGAUGGAUCAUUCAGCUGAACAAACAAACAAAAUUUUAAAGAAAAGUAGUUAGAUGGAUCAUCCAGCUGAACCACAAAAAAUGGAAACGAACAUCAUUCAGAUGGAUUAGUCAAAUAGACUAUUUGGAUGAACUAUUCGGAUGCAUAUCCCAAAUAAGCAAACGAACAGGACCAGAGAAGAGGCGCUUCGCUACGAGAUUUGCGGGACCAAAUCAAUGCCCAUUGGUCCCUCUUCCUUCACACUGUGAGAGCGAUUGGCCAAUUUCUACAGAUAGACGACGACAACGACGAAGCAGCAGCAUGAUGAUGGAGUAACCAGACGAAGAAGAAGAAGGAUUACAAGAGCUUCUGAAGAAUCACUUUGAAGAAGAAGACAACAGAACUCACAAGUGCGCUGGUGAGAUAGACUUAAUGAGAGAAUACAACAAUUUCUUAUAGUUAUUAAAUUCCUAUCUUUAACGAUAAACCCAAAACACAAAAAAAAUGGUGCUACUUCUCCGAUAUCGAUCCUUAACGAUAAAUCCCACUCCUUUAAUACCAAAUUCUCACAAAUUCCACACCCUCCAAUCAUUUCGUAACCCUAAUUUCAUCUCUACCCCAAAAAUCUCAGCCUCUUCGAACAAUCCAACACCAACAACGAAUCGUUCGAUCUCCGAUGCGGCCAAAUUCGCUAAGUCAGUGUUAUUCAUACCUCCUGGUGUAGAGAUUGAGGAACUAACAGAUGAUAUGGUUCUUCCGGGCUCCAAUAUCGUAAUCGGACCUUUUGCAGGUCAUUCUCAAAUCAAAGAAGUUGAAUUUGUUAAAAGUAGUGCUCGAGCUAGAGAUUGCACUAAAGAUGAUCGUCCUGAGAUUGCUAUUUUGGGUCGUUCUAAUGUUGGCAAGUCUUCGCUUAUCAACUGUUUGGUUCGUAAGAAGGAAGUUGCUCUUACCUCUAAGAAACCUGGGAAGACUCAGCUUAUAAAUCACUUCUUGGUGAAUAAGAGUUGGUACAUUGUGGAUUUGCCUGGUUAUGGAUUUGCUAAAGUUUCAGAUGCUGCGAAAACAGAUUGGUCUGCGUUUACUAAAGGUUACUUCUUGAAUAGAGACACUCUUGUAUGUGUUCUACUUCUGAUCGAUGCAAGUGUUCCUCCUCAGAAGAUUGAUCUUGAUUGUGCUAAUUGGCUUGGUCGCAACAAUGUACAGAUGACUUUUGUGUUUACGAAAUGCGAUAAAAUGAAAGCAACGAAAGGGAAAAGACCUGAUGAGAACAUCAAAGCUUUCCAACAAAUCAUUAAAGAGAACUUCAAAGUACAUCCUCCUUGGAUUUUGACGAGUAGUGUAUCGGGUUUGGGCAGAGACGAGCUUCUUCUUCACAUGUCGCAGCUAAGAAACUACUGGGAUCAAUAGGUGUUCGAAAAGGUCGGUUUUAAUACAUUGGUUAUAUCAAAUGGCAGUUUUGUAAUGUAACGGUAACUUUUUUAUUCAUAGAUAAGAUCGUAAAAUGUUAUAAAUCUGUGGGAACAAUUUCAAAAAUUGCCGAAAAACUGGCAAGAAUUACAAUUAAAGGAAGCUUUUUUUUUCUC